UGUGUGUUUAUCUGUGGAUGUCAGAAGGGAACCUCAGAUGCUGUUCCUCAGGCACCUAGUUUAGAGACAAGUUCUCUCACUGGCCUGGAGCUCACCAAGUAGGCUAGGCUUGUCAAGCAGUGAUCCCCAGGGAUCCACCUACCUCUGCCUCCCCAGUACGAGGUCACAAAGCAUGUGUCCCAUGCCUGGCUUGACUAUCACAGAAGUAUUUUAGACCCACUCAGUCUUCUCAGUCUUAAUUUGCUGUUUUUGAGACAGGAUCUGAUGUAGCCCAGUCCAGUUUCAAACUUAAUAUGUAGCUAAGUAUGACACUGAACUUCCUGCCAUGUUUCUUCCUCCCAGUGCUUCGUUUAAACUCUGAAUGUGUUUAGUUUAGAACAGAAGAAUCUCUGAACAGGACUCUCCUAAUUAGCUAGAUGACAUUUUAAAAUGAUACAUUAUGGAGAUACUCUCUGCUGUUCAUUUACUAUUUGAAUUUUAGGCUGGUGGAGAAAGUGUUUCUCUAAAGCAGAAUGUGAAGUAAAGCUGGGCCGAGACAGAGCUCAGCUGCAGAAUGGCUUCUUGGCAUGUAUGGGGCUCUGGGUUUGAUUCUCAGCCUUACAAAUGACAGCAACAAAACUGGCCAUGGUAGUGUGUGCCCGCUGCCCAGUAUGUGGGAGUGGAGGGUGCAUGUGCCCGCCAGCUGGUACUGGGGACUUAGGCAAGGGCCCCACCUAACAUUCCAAGUCUGUCUGAGCUGCAGGGUGAAGCUCUGCUCAAAGUAAAAGGGGGCUGGAGAGAUGAUCCAGCAGUCAUUGGGUACUCUUGGAGAGGAUCUGGGUUUUGUUCUUCGCAUCAUCCCUGGUAACCCCAGUUUCCAGGAUCUGACACCCUCCUGCCGUUACAGACUCCGGAUGUCGACUUCUGGAUCACCCCCAUUAUCCAGGGGUUUGUGCAGAUUGAAGAGCUUGUGGUUAAUUACAACGAGUCAUCUGAUGAUGACAAGAGCAGCCCAGAGACACCCUCUCAGGACCCCACUUGUGUAGAUGACAUUCAUCCGAGGUUCCUAGUGGCUCUUCUGUCUCGCAGAAGUAGGCACAGAGCAGGAAUGCGGUAUAAACGAAGGGGAGUGGAUAAAAACGGAAAUGUUGCGAAUUAUGUGGAGACCGAGCAGUUGAUCCAUGUUCAUAAUCAUACCCUGUCAUUUAUUCAAACGCGAGGCUCUGUGCCCGUCUUUUGGAGCCAGGUUGGGUAUCGCUAUAAUCCAAGACCUCGGCUUGACAAAAGUGAGAAGGAAACGGUCGACUGUUUCUGUGCCCAUUUUGAAGAACAACUGAAAAUUUACAAAAAACAGGUUAUUGUUAACUUGGUAGACCAGGCUGGAAGGGAGAAGAUUAUUGGCGAUGCUUACCUGAAGCAGGUACUGCUCUUCAACAACCCCAAGCUCACCUAUGUCUCCUUUGAUUUCCACGAGCACUGCCGAGGAAUGAAGUUUGAAAAUGUUCAAACCCUAACGGAUGCCAUUCACGACAUCAUCCUGGACAUGAAGUGGUGUUGGGUUGAUCAAGCUGGUGUAAUAUGUAAGCAAGAAGGAAUUUUCCGAGUUAAUUGCAUGGACUGCCUGGAUCGCACCAACGUGGUCCAAGCUGCCAUAGCUCGAGUGGUCAUGGAACAGCAGCUUAAAAAACUAGGUGUGAUGCCCCCAGAGCAGCCACUACCUGUGAAAUGUAAUCGGACCUACCAGAUAAUGUGGGCUAACAACGGUGACUCCAUCAGCAGGCAGUAUGCUGGGACAGCCGCUCUAAAGGGUGACUUUACAAGAACAGGAGAAAGGAAGUUGGCAGGAGUUAUGAAAGAUGGAGUUAACUCGGCAAAUAGGUACUACCUCAGUCGGUUCAAGGAUGCUUAUAGGCAAGCUGUCAUAGAUUUGAUGCAAGGCAUUCCAGUGACAGAAGAUCUUUAUUCCAUAUUUACCAAGGAGAAGGAGCACGAAGCUUUGCAUAAGGAGACCCAGAGGAGCCACCAGGAGCUCAUCAGCCAGCUCUUACAGAGUUACAUGCAGCUGCUGCUGCCCGGAGAUGAGAAGUUCCACGGGGGCUGGGCUCUGAUUGACUGUGACCCCAGCCUCACUGAUGCUGCUCACAGAGACGUGGACGUGCUGCUGCUGCUUUCUAACGCUGCCUAUUAUGUGGCCUAUUAUGAUGAUGAAGUUGAUAAAGUAAACCAGUAUCAACGGCUGAGCCUGGAAGACCUGGAAAAAAUAGAAAUAGGUCCUGAACCUACUCUUUUCGGCAAACCAAAGUUCUCCUGCAUGCGGCUGCACUACAGGUGUAAAGAAACAAGUGGUUACUUCCAUACACUGAGAGCUGUACCACGCAGUCCUGAAGAAGACGGGAAAGACACUCUUCAGUGCAUUGCAGAGAUGCUGCAGAUCACCAAGCAAGCCAUGGGUCUGGAUGUUCCCAUAAUCGAAAAGAAACUUGAGAGGAAAAGCAGUAAGCCUCAUGAAGACAUCAUUGGUAUCAGAUCUCAAAACCAAGGCUCUCUGGCCCAGGGGAAAAGCUUUUUAAUGAGCAAAUUUUCAUCUCUAAAUCAAAAAGUAAAGCAGACCAAAUCCAAUGUGAACAUUGGCAACCUACGAAAAUUAGGAAACUUUGCAAAGCCUGAAAUGAAAGUUAACUUUCUAAAACCAAACUUAAAAGUCAAUCUUUGGAAGUCAGAUAGUAGUCUUGAGACCAUGGAAAACCCAGGAGUGAUGGAUAAUAAGGUCCAGGGAGAGUCUGAUGGGGACAUUUCUUCAGAUAAUGACUCGUACCACUCUGAUGAAUUCCUUACAAACUCUAAGUCAGAGGAAGAUAAGCAGCUAGCCAAUUCUUUAGAGAGUGUAGGGCCAGUAGAUUACAUUCUCCCGAGCUGUGGAAUUAUUGCUUCAGCACCUCGAUUAGGCAGUCGAUCCCAGUCUGCCAGCAGCACUGAUAUCAGCAUUCAUGCUUCCUCAGAAGCUACUGUUGGUCAUGGAAGUGAGCUUGGAAAAGGCCCAGAGUCUCCCUUGAAGAAAAGCCCUUCUGCUGACAACAUACGCAUAUUGACUGGUUUUGCAAAGCCUAUGGAUGUUUACUGCCAGAGAUUUGUGCAGGAUGCACAGAACAAAAUGAAUGAGCUGUCAGAGAUCAGGUCUGUAUCUCAGAAUAGUGAGGAAGGAAAUCACAAGCCUACCUGUGUUUCUAAUGAAGAGACCCAAUCUGAAUCAGUUGAACAGAUGCCUUCUCGGCCCUCUCAGUUAAAUGUCUCUUGCUCUGUGACAGGCCCACAGUUCUUGUCAGUUGAACAUUCAGUCCAUCCAGUGGUAUCUCAGAAGACCCCAAGCUCCGGGUCCAGCCUUGUGGAGCUUGAGGCAGGGCUUUGUGUAACGCCUUCUUCAGAGAGCAGCAGCAGCAGAGCAGUCUCUCCCUUUGCAAAGAUCCGCAGCUCCAUGGUCCAAGUUGCUAAUAUUACCCAAGCUGGGCUAACUCAUGGGAUAAACUUGGCAGUUGCUAAAGUUCAGAAGAGUCCAGCAGAACCCGAAGUGGUUAACGAAAUUCAACAAAAUGAACUUAAAAAUAUGUUUACACAAUGCCAGACACGAAUAAUUCAGAUUUAGAUUUUAGUCACAAUCCUUUGGCUUUUAUUUAAAAAUUCAAAAUGAAGUUUUCACCUAUCAGGCUACUUUAACCUGUACUGAGUUUAGGGAUUUCAAAUUCUAAUUAUGUUUAUUGGCAAUUGUUUUACAAGGAGUCUGAACUUUAACACAUUUCCAGAUAUGUAAGCCAAGACUACAAGCAAUCAUCCUGGAUUAUGGACCAGAAUAACAAACACACUAGAGUGGUUUGUGCGUGUCACUCAGGAAGGAGCAGGAAAGAAACCAAGCUGUUGUCUGGAGGGGGAGAUGCUCUGAAGCAGAUGUAGUGUGGACACCCAUUUAAGGAGUUAGCAUUUCUCUGCUCUGUCAGUUCAUCCCUCUAUACUGCUUCUAUAAAGGAAAUUAUGCAUUUAGAUUUUAGUGAUACUAGUGUGCAUUAGUAUCUAAAUUUUUUAAAAAAGUAGUCUUGCAGCUUAACCAUUCUCUGAAGUUGAGAAUUAACAAUGGUGAAAAUGUAUUUUCAUUUGACCCCAAUCUCUCCCUAUUUUUUUUCUCUCUCAAAUUUUUAAAUAAAUCUGGGCUUGCUCAUCAUAAAAUAACUUGCUGCAGGAACAUAUGAUCAUGUUUAUUGACUCUAGGGAUCUCUAGAAAAGUCGUUUGAACUUUCAAGAGGGACAUUUAGCAUUUCUUGUAGGUUCUAGAACUAUGGGAAAACAUAGCCAGAGUACAGGUUAAAUUGGUUUUAUGCGGUAACUAACCACCAAGAACCUCUUCUGUAACCCAGAGUAAGAUUAAGUUGUAGGGCACUCUGCAGGCAUCGAUGUUUCUGGCAUCCUUUAGAGCCUUACUCCAGUUGACUAACUCUCCAUCUAACAUUAUGUCUGUUAAAACUGAUAAGCAUUCCAAUUUUGUUAUUUAUUAGUGUCAAGUCUUGUAACUAUUAAAGUACCACUGUAAUUCAAA